UGGCGCAUCUGAGUGAGUGUACGGAUUGACGCGUUAAAUCCGCAGUUUCAGCAACCGUUGGCUUGGGUGAUGGAAGAGAUACGUACUGGCACACGACUUGGAAACGGCGGGUGGCGAACCAGUUUUAGUCACCCAAGGCUCACUCAGGCAGCCAUGGGAAGGUCGGAGCAAGUGCGUCGCCACUACAGCAAAUCCCAGCUCGUCGGAUCAUCGGCUAUUAAUCGACCUACCUGUCACGACACCACACAAAGGACGUUAUCUAUCCUUGCUGAUCUGGACGUUGCCAUGAAUCGACAGACUGUUCUGGGGAGCUCACAUCGCGUCCAGAAACAGCGCCCAAGGGAAGGGUCCACACCGGCGGCUCGCGCCCUAGUCUCGUCAUGGACGGCAGGGUUUCCACGGAGGGAGGCGGGCGAGCCAUCGGCCAACAAACAGGCGGGAAUCGCCGGCGGCGCGGACCCGGCCGCCGUCCCCGCGGGCGGCGACCAGACGCCACCCGACAUCCCACAGGCCAUAGCGCACGCGCGCGACAACAUGUUCUCGGCGCUCCCGAAGCGGGGGAUCCCGUCGGCGCUGGCCGCAACGGUCCUCUCCCGGCGCGCCUCCCUCCCGCCCAUGGUGUCGGCGGCCCACCUGCAGGCGCUCCUGGGCUGGACGCCGACCACGGUGGAGCGCGGGGCGGCCGAGCUGGCGCGCGCCGGCACGCUGCGCCGCGUCGCGGUGCCCGGGCGCGGCGCAAUGGGCGAGGUGCUGGUGCUGGCCGCCGACCUGGAGCGCAUGCUGGGGGAGGCCGACGGCCUGGGCGAUGCGGCGCGUGAUGCCUUUGCGCGGAUGCUGCGCGAGCACCCGGCCGCCCAGGCCGUCCCGGCGGGGAGCCUCGCGCCGGAGCACCUGGCCGCCCUCGUGCGCGCGGGCUUCCUGACGGGCGGCCAUGGCGGGGCGGCGGCGGUUGGGGCGUCGAUAUUCGCGCGGCCCGAGGACCGCGGCACGCUCAUCUCGCUGGCGACGGUUGCGAGGGCGGCGUCGGGGACGGUCGGGGCCGUGGGCGGCGAGGGCGGCUCCCGGGAGCACGUGCUCAGCAGUAGUGGGUCUGCCGUCGGGGCCGGGAGCGGGAGCGGGUGCGGCGCCGAGUAUCGGAUCGCGAUACCCGGGGCGGGAGUGGGGCUAAAGCUCGUGGCGGCGGCGCUGGCGCACCUGACGGAGCUGCUCGCGCGGCUGCCGGACCGGGAGGCGCCCGAGGACACACUCCGGGAAAGGUGGGACGGCGGCGGCAACGGUGGCGGCGGGCGGCGGCAGGCGGGGAGGGGCGGGCGAUUCGGGGUGGCCCCCAGUCGGGCGCGGCGAUGGAAGGAGUUCUCCGGGCUGCGGUUCGACUGGGUCCUGGACGAGGCGGUCGGGGCGGGCCUGGUGGAGGUGUUCGAGACGGGGUGCGUCGGGAGGGGCGUCAGGCUUGUGUCGCCGCCCUAAAGUUGUGAAGCAUGGUGCGACGCGCAAUGCGUCCGCCUGCCUCGCUCCCCUCCAAGCCCUGAACCGGGAUCUGAAGCCCGACGGGACCCCCCAGGUCCGACUGACAAGUUGCACAACGGAGAAAUAGAUAUAACGUGUAACGACGGGCACAUAUAGGUACGGAGGUAGUGCCUGGCUGGGAUGUAUGGCUAUCUAAAUGAUGUGGAUGAUCGGUCCAUGUUGGCCCCGUCUCAUGCCGAAAGGCGCCGCGGAUCAGGGGUGAUACUUGUUUCCUAUGUGUAGAAACUUGCAAGCACAGCCCUGCCAAAGGGUACAAAACGCAAAUACGUAUAGAUGUGCAUGGUG